ACUCCCAUUUGCUGGCGCUCGCUGGGACUGACUUGUUCACCCACACUGCGUCGCUUGCUCCCUCUCGGCUUGUGCUUCUUGGAAGAGAUUCGUCCGACUUGCCUGUCCAGUACCACUGCUGUUUCUGUAUGGUGUUCAUUCCUUCAAUUCAUUUUGCCACAGGUAGUUGAUCGCCCCAGUUCGUUCUCCUUACGCUAAUUUCUGGAGUCACACUAUUUUCAGGAGCUCUUGGUGUGUCACAUCAACUUUAGCUUGUUCUUAGUCCUCCUUCGCCGAUCAUGGCUGCUCUUGCCGCCACUACCCUUGUCAGCGCUUCACUCUCCAUUGCUCCACGGCAGCAUGCAGCACUGAAGGCCCAAUCUGCUAGUGCUAAGAACAUGAACAAAUCUGUGGCCCUCCGAUCACAUAGGCGGCCUUCCGCCGUCCGAUGCAGCGCUGGAGGAGCGACUGCAGCACCGGCGGCUCCGGCCGUGGUUCCGGCGAUCACGCUGUCGGAGAAGGCGCUGGCGCAUCUGACGAAGAUGCGCGCCGAGCUGAACAAGGACCUGCUGCUGCGCAUCGGUGUGAGGCAGGGCGGCUGCUCGGGCUUCUCGUACGUCAUGGACUUCGAGGAGCGAGCCAACAUCCAGGAAGGCGACUCUAUUGUCGACUACCAAGGCUUCUCCAUGGUGUGUGACCCCAAGAGCCUGCUCUUUCUGUUCGGCAUGCGGCUAGACUACAGUGACGCUCUCAUUGGAGGUGGCUUCUCAUUUAGCAACCCUAACGCUUCCUCUACUUGUGGCUGUGGCAAAUCCUUCGCUGCCUAGACCUAGAUUCCAACAUGUACAUAUAUUCUAAGUGUACCAAUUCAUUGUGGAACGAUUUUACACUGACCUUGGUUAUGUGUAGCUGCACGGCUGUCCUUUUCUUGAAUUGAGUGUAAAGCCAAAC